AUGCGUAACCUCGUUAUCACUAUUUUCAGCAUCCUCGCAACGCAAACCCACGCAGCAUGCACUCGUGAAGCGCUCAAAGCCGUGACUGAUGAGCUUCUCGCCGCUCAAACUGCAGGACAGACAAGCUUCAAUUCCCUGUCAAGCACUGUGGCCUACACGGAAAAUCGCAAGAGCGUCGACAUCAAGAAGGGCAUCCUCUCCAAGCCCAUGAAAAUCGACCACGUUCGAUUUCAACUUGACACCACCCAGUGCGCCGCCUUUAGUGAAUUCAUCGUCACCAAUACCGCCGCACCAUACGUAAUCGCAACGCAACUGCGCCUCGACAACUCCACCAAAGUGUCGCAGAUCGACACUAUCUGGACGAGCAAAGGAGACUGGUUGUUCAACGUUACAGGAACAUACUACUGGGCCACGCACGAAAAGUGGGACGCUAUCCCUGCCGCAAAGCGAGACUCGCGUGCUGUCAUCAAAGCAGCAGGGGACGCUUACGCCGACUUGUUCAACAACCAAAGCGUCAAAGUACCGUGGGGUUCCCCAUGUGCUCGUCUUGAGGGCGGCGCGUACACGGGUAAAGGCGAAGCGACUGAUAGGUGCGACGUUGGUGUUCCAAGUGGUGUGCCACUGGUAAACAGACAGUAUGUUAUUGAUGAAGAGUAUGGGACUGUGGAUAUCAUCAUGGAUUUUGGAGGGAUUCAGGGACAGGUUGGAGCUGAUGGUUUGCCGGAUAGUCAUGAGUUCAGAGUUGAGGGUGGGAAGUUGAGAUAUGUGCAUACGCUAUCGAGUUGUGGAGGAAAGGCAUGUAUGUAG